GCUUCGCCUGCAGACCCUUGACACACACAGCUAGUAGUCACAACAGUCGGGACUUCAAAGGCGGCCGGGGGCAGUGGGUGAGAAGUGUGAGUGACGGGAAGACAGACGCAGAGACAAUAUGAGCGGAGCUGAGAGUGUGAGACGGCAGAGGACAGGGCAGUAGAUGGAGACAUACGUUUAGAGGCAUAAUAGAUAGAGAGUGACAAAUAGCACAGUGAGAUAUAUGGUUUAUUAAAGCUGCUGAGGAGGAGAGAAGGAUAGAAGAAACCAAGAGAAGGAGGAGGGGAGGCGUCCCUGCACUGAAUAUUUUCUCCUGAUCGGAGCAUGGUGGCAGAGCGCACAUGGAUUUAGUCGACCUCUACCUCCCAGAGUGCUUCACCUACCACUCUGACACAGAGCAUCUGGCCAGGAUGUCAGUGAGGGGCUUGGACCCCACCUGUCCCACUUCCAUAAAGCGUGAGCCUUCCAGCCCCAGCCCUAGCUCUCAGGGCGACAUCAGCCCGGCUCAACCCAGCCCCGGGAGCUCUUCCUCGGACACCAAUUCCAGCUACGGCCCCCUCAUUAAGGGCCACAAUCAUACGAAUGGGCUGGACUCGCCAAGCCUCUACGGUCACGCAGCGGCGUUGGCUAAUAAUGGGGGAACAAACAGGAGGUUUGGGGAGGAAGAAGGCCAAGUGAAGUGUGAAUUCAUGCUGGGCUCGGUGGCCAAGCGGGUGUGUCUGGUGUGCGGUGACGUGGCCUCCGGCUACCACUACGGUGUGGCCUCUUGCGAAGCCUGCAAGGCCUUCUUCAAGAGAACCAUCCAGGGUAACAUUGAGUACAGCUGCCCAGCGUCCAACGAAUGUGAAAUCACCAAGAGAAGACGGAAAUCUUGCCAGGCCUGUCGAUUCGUGAAAUGUCUGGCCGUGGGCAUGCUGAGAGAAGGUGUGCGUCUGGACCGGGUUCGUGGCGGAAGGCAAAAGUACAAGAGGAGGAUAGACGCUGAGAACAGCCCAUACCUGCACCCUCAGAGUGCCCUGCCACAGAAAAAAAUAUUCUCUGCUGGAGGUGUGGUGGAGAACAAGGUGGUAUCUCUGCUGCUGGUGGCCGAGCCAGAGGGCAUCUUCGCCAUGCCGGACCCCACCGUACCCGAGAGCGACAUCAAGGCUCUGACCACGCUGUGCGACCUGGCUGACAGAGAGCUGGUGGUCAACAUCGGCUGGGCCAAACACAUCCCAGGCUUCCCCUCACUCUCUCUGGCGGACCAGAUGAGUCUGCUGCAGAGCGGCUGGAUGGAGAUUUUGAUCCUUCGGGUGGUGUUCCGCUCGCUGGCCUUGGAGGACAAGUUGGUGUACGCCGAGGACUACGUCAUGGACGAGGAGCAGUCGAAGCUGGCCGGGCUGCUCGACCUCAACAACGCCAUCCUGCAGCUGGUCAAGAAAUACAAAACUAUGGGGCUGGAGAAGGAGGAGUUUGUGGUCCUGAAAGCCAUCGCAUUAGCUAACUCAGACUCCAUGCAAAUUGAAGACUCAGAGGCAGUUCAGAGACUCCAGGACGUCCUCCACGGGGCCCUACAGGACUACGAGGCCACCCACCACCCGGAGGACCCACGGCGCGCGGGAAAGAUGAUCAUGACCCUCCCUCUCCUCCGCCAGACGGCCGCUCGCGCCGUCCAGCACUUCUGCAGCAUCAAACAGGAUGGUCGGGUGCCUAUGCACAAACUGUUCCUCGAACUGCUCGAGGCCAAGGCCUGACCCAAGGCAGAGCCAGCCACCAGGCUUCGUCCCGACCCACCACGCAGAGGUUAGGAUGAGAAGAAACGAAGGAUAACGGGUAACGGUGGGGGGUGGCACCAUGUAUUUGUCCAUUUCAGCUUGCUUUUGACAGUAAACUCUUGAAUUCGCGGGAACACAGCAGCUGGAACACUUUUAGAUCCCUCCUCCUCCUCCUCCUUCCGACGAAAGAUCGAAUGGAAGCAAAAACAGUUUUGGCAUUUUAGAGUCUUGACGGCGACGCCGCAUCAGGCGCGCUGAACUGCUUCGAGGCGGCCGGAGACGAACGGACGGACGGCGCGAAAGCAGAGGAAACGCCUUCUAGAGAUUUGAACAUGCCAAAACGUAGAGCUGAUACUUGAAGAUCCUCGUGGAUUAUUUUCUUCAUCUCGAAAGCCUGUAAAAUCUGCAUUGUAGAGCGUUUAGUGAUGAUUUGGUUUCACUUGUGUAGAAAAGGCAAAUGUGUCCUGAGAGGUACAGUUAGUCUUGCCAAAGAGUAAAGACUCAUAUUAUCGAAUAAAACCAGCAAACGUCCACUGUAACAUAACGUGGCCAAUAAGACACUCACGUAAACCUGCAUCCCUCUUCUGUUGCAUAUCGCAAAAAAAUAUCUAUUCUUCACAUCCGAUUCAUAGAUGAGGGAAAGGAAGCAAUGAAGUGGCCGGCCAUAAUAAAACAAUAACCGGCCUCCUUAUUUUAUCAGGCAAGUUCAGGGAAAGAGUACUUAAUGUCAUGAUAAGCAAAGUGAUAUUUAUUUAAUAGCGCCUCUGUUCUUUUUUUUGUUGUUUUCUUUUACUAACACAGCGUUAAUGAGCGGCGGAUGAUAAUUUUUUAAAAGAUUUUUAAAUGACAUCAUUGUAAGAUAAUUUUUUUACUAGCUUCUCUGCUACAGCGCUGACACCCAUACCAUAUCACGACAGAAUUAAAGACGACGCGAUUAGAGCCUGUACUUGAAGAUCAUAAAGUCGUAGAGUUGUUGUAGACCCAUAGAUAUAAACUAUGUAAAGUGGCUGCCACGCUGUAUAACCUGGAGUGGGAAGAGUCGCUCGAUGUCUUUUCUAUGGUAGACGUCUGUGUGUAGGAUGAGAAUUUGUGCACUAAUUUUCCUUUUUAGCCAUGAAGUUUUGGGGGGGAAACCGGUGAUGGCGCUCUGUUGAUCUGUUAGUGUGUUCUGUGUGAAGAGUAGUUUUCUCUGAAAUUUGUCUUCUUCUUUCUGCACAUUUCAAAUGAAGGGAUUGAACUCGGAAGGGCACCAAAAUGGGCCCUUGUUUAACUCGAAGGUACUGUGACACUGUAACAUUUGUGGCGAGAUGUAGCGGCGGGAUGGCGGCUUAGAUGUUUUUUUGUCGUGUACGAUUUGCCGUGUGUGCGUCGGAGAUGUCUGGAGAUGCAAAUGAGCUUUGUUUUCGGAUGAGCUGUGCCGUGCUAUUUCAUUCUCAGGUGGAUUUUUGGGCAAUAAAGAUGAUCCCCUUAAUGCAAAGCUCA